AUGAUGAGGAUCCUUUCCUCCAGAGACGUCUUGUCUGCCCUCAACACUGCGCGACCCCUGUUCAAAUCAUAUCUACGUAUACGAUCCUCAGCAUCUUCAGCCAAUAGCCCCGAACUGCGAGAAGCCCGUAGCGAGCUAGAACAAACGCUCCAGGACCUCAGUCAGGACCUUGAAGACCUUGUAGAAAGUGUCAAGGCAGUAGAACAUGACCCCUAUCGCUUCGGCUUGGAGAUUGACGAGGUUGAGCGACGGAGAAGAUUGGUCAAGGAGGUUGGCCAUGAGAUUGAGAACAUGCGCGAGGAGCUACAGCAGACAGUCGAGCACGCGAAGAACAAGGGCAAGAGCGCUGCGAAUGGCGAUAUGCUGCCCGAUCCAGACUCGUUCGAGGAAGAGGAUACGUACGCGGCAUUUGAGCAGGAACGACAGAUGGAGCUUAUGCACGAGCAGGAUGAAGCUCUAGAUGGCGUCUUCCGCACCGUCGGCAACCUGCGACAGCAAGCCGACGACAUGGGUCGCGAGCUCGAAGAACAAGGCGAAUUGCUCAACGACGUAGAUACCGUGGCAGACCGGGUCGGCGGAAAGCUCCAAACGGGUCUCAAGAAGGUCGGCUGGGUCAUCAAGCAGAACGAAGGUGCGUAA